GACGCAGAGACCAGAAGAGAGGACGACCCCGACGCACCAGAACCCAGAGCCUCGGACUUUGAGUUGGUCCUAGUCCCUUUCUAUGCCAGAGACCCCUAACCUCAUCUGGGUAGCCAGCUUCUAGUCUGCAUGGGAUGUUACUCCACUCCAUCCGCAGCAGACAAGCCAUUACGCAUCUAAUCAGAGCAGUAUUUUAAGCCUACUCUCCAAGCAACAUCUAUGCGAAAGCAAGCUUGUGAGAGACGCCUGCUCUGGACCCUAAAGAGUCUGGAGUCCUUCCCAGCGAAUUGUCUCUCACCCUGCGGAGCACGCCAGCUCAAUUACUGGAGAAAGAGGUUGGUCCUUGCCACCGCCCUCCCCUCUUGUCUUCAGUAGGAGCGGGGAAGAGGAGAUCCGCUCCAGUGCGCACGGGAGUGACCAAGUACAGCUGGCUAUCAGGACAGCGACCUGGACGCGGGUCCUUUCCUCCUCCCGCGGCUACACCCGCCCUGUGCGCCUUGAGCACAGCCCUGGACCAUCCCGGCAGGGCUCCCGGGUGACAUCACUCCUGAAGAUACUCGCACUCUGGUCCUUGUCUUUACAAAGCCUCUAUCCGUGUCUUUGUGGGUCUCUGGAGAGGGCGCCCGGCUUCGGGGGAAGAGAGCAGGACACUGAGCAGCAACUGACCAGAGGAAGCAAAAGAGCAGGGUCCAGUGAAGGAGUACCUGAGCUGGCGGCGACAUGAAAUUCAACGCUGCACACUACCUGCUGCCCCUGCUGCCUGCACUUGUCUUCAGCACCAGACAGGACUAUGAAGAGCUCCAGAAGCAGCUGAAGGAAGUCUUUAAGGAGCGUAGCACAGUCCUGCGGCAGCUGACAAAGACAUCCAGAGAACUGGAUGGGAUCAAAGUCAACCUUCAGUCUUUGAAAAAUGAUGAGCAAUCUUCUAAAAGUGAUGUUCAGAAGCUUCUGGAGUUAGGCCAGAAACAAAGGGAAGAAAUGAAGUCUCUUCAGGAAGCCCUGCAGAAUCAACUUAAAGAGACAUCUGAGAAAGCAGAGAAACACCAGGCCACAAUUAAUUUUUUGAAGACUGAAGUGGAAAGAAAGAGCAAAAUGAUCCGUGACUUACAGAACGAGAAUAAAAGUUUGAAAAACAAAUUAUUGUCAGGAAGCAAGCUGUGUGGGAUUCAUGCAGAAGAGUCCAAAAAAAUUCAAGCCCAGCUGAAAGAGCUUCGUUAUGGGAAGAAAGACUUGUUAUUUAAGGCCCAACAGCUCACUGAACUGGAACAAAAGCUAGCUGUAGCCAAAAAUGAACUUGAGAAAGCAGCUCUUGACAGGGACUCACAAAUGAAAGCAAUGAAAGAGACUGUACAACUCUGCUUGUCAUCAGUUUUCCGAGAUCAGCCUCCUCCUCUGAGUCUCAUCCCAUCAAAUCCAACCCAGAUGUUGCAUCCACCCAGGACAAUUGCUUCCAGGAUUCCAGAAACAAGGACAAAAAGCAAGCCACAACAAAGUUCUCCAGGACACCAUGAUAACUCUCAAGUUCAGGCAACAAAAGAAGAGAGUAGGAGAUCCUCUGUGUGUGGUCCUCAAGAUGAGGGUAGUUCCUGUUUGUUGAAGCAUGAAGAGGGUCCCCAAAGUAACAACACUGCAGAAUCAGAGCUCACAACACAGAAAUUACAAAUGCCUCUUUGUUCUGAGUGUGAGAAAAGGGGCCCAGAAAAACCAUCAGCCAGUUUCGAUGGAACUCCAGCUAGAGAAGAAAAGCUGCUGUGAGCAGGAGGCAUGAGACCCAAAGCUUCCCUGCCGUCGACAUUUCUAAAGGACAGGCUUGAUGGAAAGAACACAUUUCUAAAGCAUGCGACUUUUACAAAACUUUAUGUAACUUUAUAAUAUGGACUACACAGUUUCCAAAAGAUUCCAGGCUGAUUGUGAACUUUAGCAAUAACCUAAUGAAAAUGAUUUCUUCACUCAUGCGUAUCUGUCUACUCUAAAAUUACCCAGUAUAAAUUGAUCUGAUUUCAGCUAAAAAUACAACUGCAACAUUUUUUGGUCUUCACGUGGAUAUCUAGUACUUCUAAGAUCUAGUUGGUACCAUCAACUGGAAGAUGAUCAACUAUGAGUCCUGGUGUUUUUAAAAUUGCAAACAUAUGAAGGUUUGGUCCACAAUGACCAUCUGGUGUCAUUUCUUCCAAAGUUGGAAUGUGCAGAUCAGAAUACAUUAUUUUAGAUAAUUACUGCUUGACUCAUUACAUUGACUUAAUAACUGUUUGAUAUAAAAUUAUGCCCAGUUAAUUCUAUUAAUGAUAAGUUAGUUACCAGAGUGUAUUAGUUAUGUUGAAUGUGAUAUACAUACAAGGUUUUUCAUUUUUAGAAUGAAUGACAGCUAUCUUUCAUACCAUCUUUUAAAUUUUGAAAAAUUCUUUGUGCAUAUUCACUGAUAAUUGUUUUAAGAUGUGAAUCAAGCUGUCUGAAGUGCCAGUUUUAUUUUUUCUAAUGUUAGAUGAUAAAAAUGUAAGAUGGGGAAAUUUCUAAAAUAUUAACAUGCAAGGUGUCCAUAGAUAUUUUAGAAUGGUCAUUUGAUUAAGGCAAAAUAACAUGGAAUAAUUUUUUAAAAGCAAUGAGGAUUUAGCUUUGAAGAUAGGAUUUUAUAUGAGAAUAUCACUUAUCAAAAGAACCAGACUGUGACAUAAUUAUAACAUAACUCCUAAUUGAGCAAGAUGAAAUGUAAAUGAUAAUAUAUUCAAAAACCAUCUCGAAGAUAAAAACUGACCAAAGGAUGAAGUCAGGGAGUCCACACUCACUGAGUACAUUCACUUCUGUUGGUUAAACACACUUUGAAAGUAUAGGAAAAAAUAAACCACUGGCUGUAUAGAGUUAAUCUGCCAAGCCCCAAUUAAAACCUUUAGAGAACAAAUUCCAGAAUAAUAAAAAUAAUAAUAAUAAGGAAAAUCGGUAGGACUUAAUUUCUAGAAUCCAAUGUCAUAUAUGUGGUAUACUCAAAGAAGUUUAUUGAGCUCUAGAAUUGAGUAAACCCAAUAGCAGAGAAAAAAAAAUACCACCAUGCAUUAAUUCUAUAUGCAGAGUAGUUUUGUGGGUUUCAUCAGCAUUUUCACUCUUAAAAGGAGAUAAAGCUGGAAACAACCCAGGUGUCCCUCAACCGAAGAAUGGAUUCAGGAAACGGUUCAUUUACAAAACGGAAUACUACUCAGAUAUUGAAAACUAACAUUCUUUAACUCCAGUUCCCCUUGUAGCCUCUAUGGGCACCAGGACCUCAUUUGGUGCACAGAAAUACAUGUGGAAAGAACACCUGUGUAUAGUUUAGUAAGUCUGUGGUCACAUUAAAAAAGGAAAGAUAAAGAAUUCAUAGAUUCAUUUCCGAUGAACUGACCAAGAUAAAACGUAAGAUCAGGAGACAAAAUCUGUACUCACCACAUCUCCAGUUCCAUAUCACCCCACCUCACUUUCAUAUAACAUUAAAUUCUCUUGAUAGAAUAAUAUAUUUAUACUUUUAUAUUUCUUUUUCUUUUGAAGGAAAAUCUUUCUUUGAAGCAAAAAAAAUGUGUCGUUAGGCUCAAAAUUAAUCCAAAGUGGAGUAUGACCUUAAACUCUAUAUCCUCCCAGCUCUAUUUCCCCAGGGCUGAGAGUUUCAGCCACUCACCAUUGCUACAGUAAUGAAAACUACUAGUUCAGUUUUAAUUUAAGAUUGCCUUUCCAACCUUGUCUAGGGCAUUGAUUUCCUGCCUCAUCCCUGUGGAUCCCACAGGAUGUUAGUCACUUGUUCUUCGCACUCCAGGUUGUGAAUAUCUGUGACUCCUUGUAGGAAUGACUGGAUAAGGAGUUCCAAGUUCCAGCAACCUUGUUUGCCAGUUUUGUGUUUUGUCUUAGCUUUGACUUCCUGAUCUAGAAUGUGAUAAUAUAAUCAGUUUGCUUUUCUCAAUGCUUGGAAUGAUAAAAUGCGUUUUAAUCAAUAGGGUAAAAAUUUCUCCUGAAAUGUAUGCAUUCUUGUGUUUCUACUAUCUACAGGUUUUCUCUAGGUUGUGUGUCAUAAUAUUUACUCUUAUAUUUGAAACAGACACUGUAAGAGCAGCGGUUUUAUUCUAGCCACUUUUAAGGAACAUUACAAAACUUUAAUUAGUGGUUUGAUAGGAUUUCUUUUAAUAUGAUUUGAGGUUUUUCUUUAAUUAAUAUGUUUUGUCUCUCUUAGCCUUUGCCUUGCUUUGAGAUUGGAAUCAAAAUAUUUAAACUAUUUUCCUUACCUGUGUUCUACCUUUUCUAACUACCAACUUCAUACUAGACAUCGUUUGAAGAAUUAAUAUUAAGAUAUAUAUUGACCAUUCUCACACAAAAAAAAAUACUAUUCAAUAUAUUUACAAUACACGAUAUGAGUCUGUUAUAUACUGGCAAUGUUAAGUGAAGAAAUAUAACUUGGAGUUUACACACUGUCCGUCGAUUGUUGCUGAGAACUUCCCCAUGUUUUUCUAAUGAAAUAACAUAUUUAAUAUGUCCUUCCACAAGAGAAAACCAAUUUCUCUAUUUUAUAAUAUUACAAUAUAAUAACAACUCAAUUUUAAGUUUGAAUCAAAGACAAUGUAUUCAUUUGUAAAUUAGAAAACUUUUGAACUCUGUCUUUUCGUUUAUGUACAUAAACUAUGUCAAUAAACGAGUGCCUCAGACCUGUGAGCCCUAAUGAGCACUGGCUGUGUCUAUCAAUUAUGUUGUGCCCAGAAAAGGAUGGUUCAAGCAUUCAUCUGGAUAAAAAUUUCUUCAAAUAGCUGAACAUGGAAAAUACAAGUGGUUGACUUUGGUUUUGUCCCUGAGCAGCUAAUUAGCAUAGCAUUGCUGUUUUCCUCACAAUUUUGUUUGAUACAAACACGCGGAAUUACCAGCUCUAUCCGGUUGAGAUAUUGGGGGGGGGGGGUGUUUUGUUUUUGUUUUUUGUUUUGUUUUGUAUUUGCUUGUUUGUUUUGGGGUUUGUGGAACAGACAGUUGCUGUUUUAGGUGGACAAGGUUUAUAAAUGGACUGAAAUUAAAUUUGUGAAUUUGCUAUAAGUGAAUCCUUUAUUUUUUUUUUUAUAGCUCAGGUAUUGUAACUAUCACUAACUGCAGCACAGGAGGUGGAAAUAUAAUUAGGACCAUGGAAUGGGGCGAGUAAUGAUCAUGAUAGUUAUUUGCCAGGCAAAUGUUCUUCAUCUCUGAGCUAUGUAUUCAUCUGGAUUGUGUCACAUGAUGGUCAAGUAUUAAAAACUAAAAAGUGCUGAAAGUGACCUAUUUUUCUUCAAUAAAACAAUUUGUUACAAA